AUGGUAAAGAGAACUGAAUGUCCCAACAACAACAUCGACUGCCUACCAUCCAACCUUACAUAUAAAAAUCUGAUAGAUAUUUUAAAAACGUACAGCAGGAAUGGAGAUCACGGGGAAACGUUUUGUGAGCGUCACAAGGAGAAGGUCAAGUUUUACUGCGAGCAGUGCGAGAUUUGCAUUUGUUCUGAUUGCGCCAUAUUGGAUCAUCGCGAUCGGGAUUGUCACAACAUCAUUUCGCUUGAAGAGGGAGCAAAGAAGCAGAAAGCAAACAUUGAGAGAAAGAUAACAGCGCUUUCAGCGAAUAGCUCUCGUUUAAAAAGCUACGCUUCUCUUCUGGAGAAACGAAGAGCGCUAACGAACAAAAGUAUCGAGGAAGCGACGGAAGAAGUCCACAGGGUAGCUGAACGCUGCAUAAAUUCGAUCCGCCAACACGAAUCAAACGUGACGGAACUGUUACAGACGCAGAAGUCAAGUUGCAAUGAUGAGUACUCCAAGGAGCUGUCUAAACUAACCGAAAAGAUACGACAAACGAAGAAUGUCGCGGCCCAGAGCAAAAAUGUUCUUCAAUGGAAUAAUUUACAGGAAAUGUUGAACAUAAAACAAGUGCUUGAUGAAAGAAUUGCCGAGGAAGUUUUACCGGUGCUUACUUAUCCUGAGUUUAAGUACAUUUCAGAUGAUGCUUUGUCCCUACAUUUUACUCCAGGACAGCUCUAUGUAACCAACACCGAGCCGUCACUGUCUGUCGCGACAGGUAAUGGGUUGACCAAAGGUACGCAAGGCAAAAAAGGCACUUUUACAGUAACAACAAAUGAUUCAAAGGGCCAAGCAACCUACAGUGAAAUCGACAAUGUCCGUGUCGACAUCAAAUCCAAUCAAUGGGAAAUUGAAGAUAUUCGGUCCGUUGCGAAGGACUUGAAAAAUGGCCAUUAUUCUAUAUCUUACACUCCAAAGGUUGCUGGAAAUUUCAGUGUGUCCAUCAAAGUAAGAGAUGAGCCAAUCAAGGAAAGUCCAUUUACAUUGGUGAUUACGAAGAAUAAUGGCAGUCUAAAGCUGGGUGCCCCACUGGAACUAGUAUCGCAACCCUAUGGCUAUGUCCGAGAGUGCCAAGUACCACGUACAAGUACCGGGACUCAUGGUGUCCAAGUACCAAAUCACUGGACCCCUCAACCAAAGGCUAUGGAAGAGAGGUCAACAAAGCAGGUUAUUGAAAACGACGCAGUCAGACUUUUAUCCAAAGGAGAUUUCCGACAAAUAAACGUCCUUGAGCAACGAUAUGAUGUUUCAGUAUCGGUGGAGAAAAUGCUGGAACGCAUCGUAGUGCGCGGACAAAGUGACGAUGUCUUUUACGUUGUGGGGGAGAUCCACAAAAUGUUGCAUCAACUACGAGAAGAAGAGCACGAACGUAAGCGGGCAGAGGCGCUUUCAAAAGAUAUUCAGUGGAUGUAUAGUGAUGGCACUAACUUCGUUCCUUACGAAACCCAGGUAAAUGCCAGGAUUGAGCUGGCCUAUCACGAUAACAAAAACACAGUGAUAAUUACUUCAGAAGAGGGAGACAAUUACAACGUUGAUUUCACCACAAUGCGGGUGAACGACCCAUAUGGCACCAUCAUCACCGAGGUCAAAAGAGUUGAUCGAAAAAGUGUCCAGGCACCAGAUCACUGGACUCCUCAACCAAAGGAUUCACAAGGUAAUGAAACGACCGUACAUCUUUAUCAACUGGAUCCUUCAAGAGAUGUGCAAGAAUACCAAAAUGUCCAGGCUAGAUUCCGGAAAUCAUGCGGCAACCCAGUAGUAAAGAUUGAGCGAGUCCAAAAUCCAUUUCUGUAUAGAACGUAUGCAAUUCGAAAGCAGAAAAUGGACGAGGAAAAAGGCAGCAAUGAGCAGUGGCUUUUUCAUGGAACUCCAGGCACUGACUGUCAACUUAUAGAGCAUACAGGUUUCAACAGAAACUUUCAUGGAAAAAAAGCGACCUUUUAUGGAAAUGGAGUUUACUUUGCAUUGGAUGCCGCCGACUCAGCCAGGUCCACGUACUCACCACCAGAUGCUAACGGAUGGCGAUAUAUGUACCUCACUAGAGUCCUGGUUGGUGAGUACACAUGUGGAAGACAGGGCCUUCUUACGCCUCCUGCAAAGAACCCAAACGAUCCCACAGACACAUUUGAUAGCGUGGUGGAUCACAUUCAUAACCCGCGAAUCUUUGUUGUGUUUAACGACUGGCAAAGUUAUCCCGAGUACCUAAUCACUUUUCAGUGACAUUCCCUAUUAGUGUUUGGAAAAAUGUGUUUCUUUAAAAAUUAUGAAAAUCUCUAGCGCAGUUAAGGAGUAACCCAUGCUCCAGUAUUUGGCCUAUCACUAUCAGGGCGCUUAUAUGUACCCACCCCCUCCAAAAACAAAAAACAACAACAACAAAACAAAAAACCAAAACACUAUUGGGGAAAAAGUAGUGACCAUGUACACCCAAUCAUCACUAAGGUGUCACCUUAGGUGUUUUAGGUAUUGUUGAAACUACAAUGAAAAUAACAAAAGAGUAUUAAACGACGACAUUUUUACAAAAUGCAGGGAAAUCCAAUUAAACUUAUCGGGCGUUACUUGAGAGUAGGUUACAAGUGACCUUUGAAUGUUACAAGUUUCUCAACCAUCUUUUCGUGCUAACCAUGAUCCUUGGCGCGUAGCAAUUUGUGUGGUACAUUAUUAUUUGUGUGGUACAUUAUUAUCCAGCACAUGAUCAUGGUAAAGCUAGGUUACUUAGGUCUUUGUUUGUUAUGUCCCUGAUAACUUGUUCAAAAGCCACUGGACCCCAAACCUAUUUGUGUUGCCACGUAGUGCCUCGUACAUUCAUAGCGACCGUGCAAUCGUUUUACAUACUUAAGGCCGGUCACGUACAGCCUUGUAAUUCAGUUGUUCUUCACGUGAGAGCAUCUUGAUAGAAGAAGCUUAUGGGAUAGUCUCAAACAGGGGAAGCCACAGUAGAAAGACUGGCAAUAUAAUAAAAAAAUGAGCUUUUCUCUUAUUUGGCUAAGCCGUUUGGGUUUUUAAAGGUAUACAAAUGUAUGACAGUAAGAAGCAAAGAGUAAAAGAUACUCUAGCUUUCAACUAAUUUUAAGUUGCCAACCUAUAAGGAAUUUGGGGCCUUAAGGUUUUGAGAGCAAUACAUUUUUUUUAGAAUAAGCAGUGCCGUAGCACGGGGAGGGGCUAAGGGGGCCCAGCCCCCCCCCCCCCCCAAAAAAAAAUUUUGACUAUCACAUAACAAAAAUAUUCAAAAGUAGAAAAGUAAUAAUGUUGGGAUACUGUUGGAUUCUUUUAGCGUAAUUAACACUCCGGUUAACUCUAAUUUUUCUUCAUAACGUUUUACAACAAAAUGUCCAGCACAUUUUUUCUUCAAACUCUUACAAAGUUUAAAGCAGCGAAACCCGGAAGUGGUAUUGGAUUUUUGCGCUUGACCGCUGUAAACUGAGCCAAUAAUCUUGACAGGCACGUUCGGUCAGCGGCCACGCUCUUCCUGCUUGUUUUCCAAAACAUUCAGCAUUCGGUUCGAUAAAUCAUGAAAUGUUAUGGCUUGCUGUAAACUGCUCUCAGAAGGCUGGAAAGGCUAUUUUAGAGAGCCCAGAUUUCAAAAUCUCCCGAGGGGGCAUGCCACCAGACCCCCCUAGAAGCUCGCGCCUUCGGCGCUCGGUCGGGUG